UCAUCUGUUGGGAAAAGAAGACAAAAAAAUUUUUUUUAAAUGAGGGAAAAUUUAGGAGAAACUGUAUCAUGAUGUGGAGCUGAAAAUGAAAAUAUGGGGAGAGAAAGUGUGUGAUUUACAGUACGGGCAGAGGUGCUGCUGCUUUAUUCUGUAUUCAUGCUUUGCUGUUCUAUAGCAUUACCUGCUGCGUUACCUGCUAGACCUGUUUGCUGUCCUGUCAAGCCGCUCCCCAUACGACAAUAAUAGAACGAUAGGCUUGUGUCACGCCAACACCCUGGGGUGACAUAUCACAAAUAACACAUCUUCUGCUCCACCCUAGCACACCCGCAGUGUUAAGUCUGCAGUCUGACAGGUUCACACAGCAUCUGCGCCAGCUAGGAUAAGAGUGUGAAGAAACGGAAUAUAGGAAAACUGAUGAAAAUGAAAGUGUACAGUAUGACAACAAGACAAAUCAUUAUAGGAGCUCAUUAUCACUUGACCUGAUUCAUUUCAGAGGUGGGGAUCAUAGGAAGGUGUUGUUUGUGUGUGCAUGAGUGACGUGAUAAGAAAGGUGAGCACUGUAGUGGGUGUGCCUAAGGCUGUUAGACACAGGCUGUUGCACACAAUCACAGGUCUGAUAUAAACCCUGGUGAACCUGUUACUGUCUAUACACCUAUAAGACACACUCCUUCACCUGCCACUGUGUGUAUGUGGCUCUGAGUGCCAAGGUUUGUGAGCUUAGUCACAGUUUCCCUGCUUGGCUGGCUUUCUGUGUUAUUCACCUUUGGACUUCAAGCCUCCUUGUGUCAGGAAGACUUCAUUCUAAUGGUUCCUGUUUGUAUCCACAUGCUGGACUGACUGCUUGCCUGCAUUACUGCAAGUGAAAACAAGAUAACUUGAUCACUCUGAACUCUGUUUCUCUCAAGAGACAGUAUUGUUAUUCAGGACUGAGAGUGUGUGUUGAGACUGCUGGUGGAGGCUUCUCAUUCAUAGAGGCUGCCAGUGUUGGUGUCUGUGUGAUUGGGAGCAGUUCCUGGGGCUGCAUAUUUUGGACAAGAUGAUGGAGGAGGUGUCCACAAUGAUGGCAUAUGACGCUCACAUUAUGGAACAGAUGAGCGAGCAGGAGAUCCUGGCCUGUCUGGUGGCAGAAACGGGACCUACGUUCACAGUCCCGACAAAGAAAAUUAAAGUGAAGGAAAGCCGGCUUCAAAUAAUGGAUGAUGAUGAAGAAGAAGACCCGUUGGGCAAAUGCCUGAAGGAAAACCAGCGGCUUCAGGAGGCCAGCCUUCGUCUGGAGCAGGAGAAUGAUAACCUGGCCCACAGGCUGAACACCAGCAAGGUCACGCUGAGGAAAGCUCUGGACAAGGUGGAGGACAGAGUAGACAAACUCACCAAAGACCUUCUACAGACUAGACAUCGACUGCAGGCUGCAGAAGAGGAGAACAGGGAGAAGGAAGAGGAAACUGCAGCGAUAAAGGAAGUGCUUCGAAGAGAGCUGGAGAAAACCGAUCAGGGACUCAGAAGGUCGUCAGGCAUCAUUGCAGAUUACAAACAGAUCUGCUCUCAGCUGACAAACCGUCUGGAGAGGCAGCAGGCCGCCCACAGAGAAGAGUUAGAUUUACUCAAGAGUGCAGUGAAGGCUUGCUCUCGCUGUCAACACACUAUGGAAACAGACGAACCAUCAGCUGCAGAUCAGAACCCUCUGAUGGCUGAAGGCCAAGGUAUGGCUGAACAAAGCCAGCAUGAGGACAGCAAAGGACCCACAGAGGCAGCGCGAAGGAGGGAGGAGCAGGAGGAGGAGGCGCUCAGGGCUCAGAUCAAGGAGGUGGAACAGGAGCUGGCCCAAACCAAACUCCAGAUGGUUGAAGCUAAGUGCAAAAUCCAGGAGCUGGAGCACCAGCAGGGACUCCUGGUCAACGAUCUCCAUGAAGCCAAAAACAGCUGGAUCAACAAAGCCUUCACCUCCCUGUGGACCUCCAGUCAGGGACUUCACAGUAUUAGUAUACAUAGGAAUGGAGCUCCUGCAGCGGGCUGGAGCCUCCACAGUGGUUCCACCUCUGGAUGGAGUGCCAAGAAGCUGUCGUGGCCUCACAGAGACAAUCAAGAAAAUGUCUGAUAGGUUGGACUGUGAAUGUAUUGAUCUGCAGGGAGCAGAGACACAGAACUGGACACAACAGAAAGCUCAAACCCUUAUUUAGGUGUGAACCAUGUUAAUUCACAGGGUUACUGCAUGUAAACUAUGAAGUGCUAUGCUACUGAACAGU